AUGGCGUCCCGCCUCGAGUUUGAGAACUCGUGCAAGGUCGGGGUGUUCGCGAGGCUCACCAACGCCUACUGCCUCGUCCUGGCCGGUGGGGCGGGGAAUUUCACCAGUGUGUUUGAGGCCGAGCUCGCCUACACCGUCCCAGUGGUCAAGGCAUCCAUCGGCGGCAUGAGGAUCCUCGGGACAUUGUGCGUGGGCAACAAGAACGGCCUUCUUCUACCACACACCACCAACGACCAAGAGCUCCAGCACCUCAAGAAUAGCCUGCCUGAUGAGGUGGUCGUCCAGUGUCGACGAGCGGCUCUCCGCCCUCGGCAAGUGCAUUGCUUGCAACGACCACGUGGCUCUCACAAACCCAGAUCUCACCAGGGAAACCGAGGAGAUCAUCUCGGACGUUCUUGGGGUGGAAGUGUUCAGGCAGACCAUCGCAGGGAGCAUCCUGGUUGGCAGCUCCUGCGCCUUCUCCAACAAAGUGGGACUUGUUCACCACACACGUCGGUGGAGGACCUGGACGAGCUGUCGACGCUGCUGCAGGUGCCCCUCGUCGUCGGCACCGUCAACCGGGGGAGCGAGGGCAUUGCGGCCGACAUGGUGGUCAACGAUUGGGCGGCCUUCUGCGGUUCCGACACCAUGGCGACCGAGCUCUCAGUGGUGGAGAGCGUCUUCAGGCUGAGGGACGCCCGGCCGGGGGCAUUGGGCGCAGACGUGAGGAAAUCCUUGGUUGAAAGCUACUUUUUUAGGGGAAUUUUGCCUUCGGGGUGUUAG